AUGAACCGGCAACAAGCCGCAGAGCGGUCUCUCCAUGACCAGACAGAUAUAUUGCCAUUUCGCAAGUUAAUUAUCGUCUUUUCUGGUCUCGCAAUCUCGCUACUCGUCACUUUCGUGGACCAGAAUGGAAUUAGUGUCACCCUCCCGACUGUUGCCAACGAUCUCAAUGCACAGAAUUCUAUAUCCUGGGCCGGCACAUCGUCCCUAAUUGCUAACACAAUGUUCACGGUACUCUAUGGCCGCCUCUCAGACAUCUUUGGCCGCAAAAUUGUAUAUCUAUCUGCGUUGGCUCUACUCUGCAUUGCGGACUUGCUGUGUGGUCUUUCGCAAAAUGCUGCCAUGUUCUAUGUCUUCCGUGGAGUAGCUGGAAUUGCCGGCGGUGGCGUUACGUCUCUGACUAUGAUUAUCGUAUCGGACGUCGUGACUCUCCAAGAGCGUGGCAAGUAUCAGGGCAUUCUAGGCGGUGCCCUCGGCCUUGGGAAUGUGAUAGGCCCUUUCAUAGCGGCAGCAUUCAUCAUGAGAUCAACAUGGCGCGGAUUCUUCUGGCUUAUCUCUCCAUUGUCUGCACUCUCGAUUGUUGUUGGAUAUAUUCUCAUCCCAAAUAAUGCCCGGAAGGAUGGCUUCAAGAAGAGCUUGGGCAGAAUUGAUUUCUAUGGCAUCCUUGCAUCUUCUAUUGCGGUUAUCUUUAUACUGCUUCCCAUCUCUGGAGGUGGUUCUUACUUCAACUGGAACUCUCCCAUGGUCAUCAGUAUGUUGACGAUUGGGGGUUGCUCCUUUAUUGCAUUCAUCCUCAUUGAAUGGAAAGUAGCCAUGCUACCUAUGCUUCCUAUUGUGUUCUUCAAGAACAAGGUCAUCUGCGCACUUUUCCUACAAAGCUUUCUAUUGGGAGCCGUUUACCAAGCCUAUCUCUACUAUCUGCCACUCUACUAUCAGAACGCGCGAGGAUGGACACCAAUUGUUUCUGCUGCCCUAACAGCACCUAUGGUCGCCUGCCAAUCGAUUGCCUCUAUCGCAUCAGGUCAAUAUAUCUCACGACUCCAACGGUAUGGAGAAGUUAUUUGGUGCGGGUUCGGUCUCUGGACGCUAGGAGCAGGAUUGAUGCUGCUUUUCGAUCGCACAACUAACCCAGGUGUCAUCGCUGUUAUCGUAGGCAUUGCUGGGGUCGGGAUUGGAUUCACUUUCCAGCCGACAAUGGUCGCCUUUCAAGCACACGCCACAAAAUCACAACGUGCCGUUGUUAUCUCAGAUCGCAACUACUUCCGUUGCCUGGGAGGUGCUUGCGGAUUGGCCGUUUCUGCUGCUCUCCUACAGGCCACGCUGAAGUCCAAUCUGCCAGAUGGAUACCAAGAUUUAGCCCACUCUACAUACAGUCUACCUUCAAGGUCCAGCAUUCCAGCGGCAGAUUGGGAGAACAUCCUUACUGCAUAUGCAAAGGCUUCUCAUGCGGUGUUUAUCUUGCAGGUUCCUCUUAUCGGAUUGGCUUUUAUUGCUUGCAUGCUCAUUCGGGAUCGAGGUUUGGAGAGACCAAAGGAUCCUCACGAGGCGGCAAUUGAAGAACAGCAACAGCAAGAUCAAGAGAAGUCUGCCACCCAGGAUGAAUCAAGGCAGGCGCGCGACACCGAAGUGACGGAGGAAGCGCCAAACUCUGAAAAUAAGGAGUCUGAGGAAUUGCCUCCAGCUGAUGUGCGGAAUCCAGCUCGGCUACCAUGUUGA